AAAAAAAGAGGGAGGAAAGGAGCGGGGAAAAGAAGGAGGCUCCGGCCCCUCCGUGCUAUUAACCUAGUUGGGAGAGCGGCUGCCGCUGGCAUGUGACACGGGUGAGGCGGGCGGCACGGACGUUCUGCACACACGCGGACCGCAGGGAUGAGGCUCCGGCAGCUGCUGUGCGUCGUGUUCCUGCUCCUGGCCAGCCUGCUGCCUGCCGCCGCGCAGAGACCAGCCAACCUGGCCCUGCGCAGGAAGCUGCACCGACACAGCUGCUCACACCGGCGGUGCAUGCCGCUCCACUCCCGCGUGCCCUUUCCCUGAGCCCCCGGCCCAGCUCAGCAAGCAAUUUCAUAAUGGGCUUUUCACUGUCUUAAAGGAGAAAGCUGCAACAACUACACUGACAGAGAAGCUCAUUCUAAGCACAGCUUGCCAACAGCUGACCCGGUAGAGCCACAGCAAUCCUGUUUUGAGGCAGUCCAGCUGAAAUGAACACUUUCAGCAGUCCUGUGUAUCACAUUCUGCAUGACCUGGAACAAAGGCCCAUGACUCAUAUCCUAGAAGCAGGGGGAGCAUUGUACAUGAAGCUUCACUGGUUGAAAUGUACAUUAAUUGAAUCUUAGAAUAAUUGGUGAAAAUUUAAGACCAAAUCAAACAUCAGAUACCUGAAAUGGAUUUCCAGUGGCAUGAAGAAAGAUUUGUCCAAGGGGACUCUUAAUGGUCUGUACUAUUUAGAUGAAGAAAGUGGAUGUGCUGUUGACCAUAUUCAACUCAGGCUGUGCGGGCAACAUUUAAUGUGAAAUGAUGUCAGACUUCAACACAGAACUCUUAAAGUUCAUUUUUAGUUAGUACUUUCAUAUAUUAAUGAUAUGUAUGUUUUAACACCUAACAUUUCAUCUUAAUGAAUUUAUCUUAAUAGUAACAUAGAAUGUAUAACUUUAAAUAGCACCAAAGUCAGCACCAUGCCAGUAGUCCUAGCUGCUUCACUAAGCAUUCCCACAGCGAAGAAUUUACGAUAUAAGAAAGUAAAGGGAGUAUUAUACGUCAUUCUAUAGGCAGAGAAUUAAGGCACACAGAGAUAAGAGAUUAGCCAAGGGUCAUGCAAAACCUACUGCAAAACUGAUAUGCCUCCCAAGUCAGGCCUUAAGGUCAAGCCCAUCCUGCUGUGUAAUGAGCCAUUACUGCAAAGCCUAUCAUUUGUUUCCUUGAACUGGGCUGUCAAACCAGGCAGCUAAAACAUUUUUGAAAGUUCAGUAGUAUAGAUCUACUUGUUCUGUAGUAGUUUUCCUAAAAUACUCAUGACAACAUUAUAAAUAGAGCAUAAAAAUAGACCAUUGAAAAGAAACCUUUGUCUCCUCACCGCUGGUGUUCCGUAGUACAUGAUUCCUGUGAUUAAAAUGAAUGGAAUACCAGGAACAUGGCACUACAAUGAAUAAGAACUUAAAAACAAGCUGUUCUCUGCACCAGAGGUCAAAAAUAAGCUUUUGACAGCUUUUUAUAUCAGCAGAAAUUACCAACUACAUAUAAAGCAAAACAUGGCAACCCUUUCAUUAAGGGGAACCGAAACAAACCUGAAAUUUAGGCAUAUCCAGGUUUUUAAGACCCUACACUAGUUUUAAAUAUUGAAAGUUCUAUGAAAAGAGGAAAUUGUUAUAAGGAUGAGCAAAGAUUAGCAGUGUAAUUAUUUAAAUUCAGUUUUAGAAGUCUGGUUCAUAAAGCAUAGUUACUAAUAAAUAUCAACAAUCUUUGAAACUGGAUAGUUGAAACUUCCUAAUCAACGUCCACAUGUAACCCCUUAUCUCUAAGAAUUUGAAACCCUAGUCAGAAUUGUACUGCAAAAAUAUGACAAGAGUAUCAAAUGGCUCUAUAUAGAAAGUAUACAGGAAAGUUUAAUAUUGCCUUUUUCUGGAUUUUUGAAAAAGCUGACAGUGCCAUCAAAACAGUCAAACUUGUCUAUACCAACAAACAGCCACGAAGGUAAAUCUUUGGAGUUAGUUUCCAAAAUCAGAAGCAUGCUGCCAUUAAAGUUAGUUUUUUUUUUUAAUUUAACUUAGCCUUCUCAUAUGUCUAAGGCAGAGAUUAUAGAAAGCAAGAAAUCUCAAGAGUAACUAUUUAACACUUAUGUCUUAAAAAUGAGUAUAUAGAUUUAAUAGGAGAGAGCUAUAUAUGCAUGUUCCUCUAUGACUGUAAAAAGAAAUACAACACUCACCAAAGUGCCGUAGAAAGCUCGUCAAAAGCCUCUACAAAAUUAUCUUAAAUGUCUGUUCUUUUUAGGCAAGAUGGUAACAAAAUUUUCUUUGAGAAAGACAUCGAUAGCAAUAUUUGAUAGAUAUGUUAAUAUGCUGAUUGUAUAUUUUGUAAAAAGUAUGCACUUCAAAUAAUGUUUCAUUUCAUGUAAUCUUUGUACACUGUUCAGAAUUGCUGUUCUUCAGAUGUCAAAGGUGAUGCACCUAAAGAAGGAAUUUUCUUCUAGUUUUACUGUAAAUUGACACGGGAUCCAUACAUAAAACUUUUUCUUACUGAAUUUGUUACAAAUAAAUAGUUAUUCGUGUAA